AAGUACCUCUGAGGUGUAGUAUAAAGUACACUAAGUACAGGUGAGCUGCUCCACCAGCAGGAGGUGAGCUGCUCCACCUGCAGGAGGUGAGCUGCUCCACCAGCAGGAGGUGAGCUGCUCCACCUGCAGGAGGUGAGCUGCUCCACCAGCAGGAGGUGAGCUGCUCCACCUGAAGCAGACAGAGUAAUUAUCAGCUGAUGAUCACAUCCUGUCACGGGGAGCUGCACAAUGCUGCUCUCAAGCAUGACUGUGUUUAAGGGGGAGGAGGAGGAGGAGGAGGAGGAGUCUCCUCAUAAUGGAGCUCCCGAGGCGCUCCUUAUCUCAGGCCUGCAGGCAGGAGAUAAGGAGCUCCGCCCCCGACUCGUGUCCUCGUGUGUAAUCUGCUGUAGAACAUGGCCGCCUGUCAGAGAGCUCUUUGUGAGCACCGAGCCAUCAGGAGGAGAGACCACAGGUGGAGACGCAACAGGAGGAGACGCAACAGGAGGAGACGCAACAGGUGGAGACGCAACAGGAGGAGACGCAACAGGAGGAGACGAAACAGGUGUAGACGCAACAGGAGGAGACGCAACAGGUGGAGACGCAACAGGUGGAGACGCAACAGGAGGAGACGCAACAGGAGGAGACGCAACAGGUGGAGACGCAACAGGAGGAGACGCAACAGGAGGAGACGAAACAGGUGUAGACGCAACAGGAGGAGACGCAACAGGAGGAGACGCAACAGGAGGAGACGCAACGGGUGGAGACGCAACAGGAGGAGACGCAACAGGUGGAGACGCAACGAGUGGAGACGCAACAGUUUCAGGAGGACGCUGACAGAGGAUUCAGCAGUAUGGAGUGUGGGG